GUUUAGCAUUCUAUUCAGUCCAAUGUGUCAGCGGGUACGUGGAAGGGGUUAACGUCGCCAUGAGGUUUCGCUGCAAGAUCGUAGAUGUCAGCUGCCUGAACCACUUCACCCGGGUUUUGAACACAAUCACAAAGCUGACUAAGUCAUGCACCUUACGACUUACACCCAGCAACCUUUACUUUAUUCUCACCGAUAAAGUGGCUAAUGGAGGUGUCAGCAUGUGGUGUGAGCUUUGCCAGGCAAAUUUCUUUGAUGAAUAUCAAAUGGAAGGUGUGUCUGCGGAGCAAAAUGAGAUUUAUUUGGAGAUGGUGCCUGAAAAUUUUUCUCGAGCUUUAAAAACAGCGCAGAAUGCCAAAGCUGUAAAAAUCAAGCUGACAAAUAAGCAUUGCCCUUGUCUUACAGUGGCAGUAGAGCUGCCUUCUUUAUCUAGCAGCAGUCGUAUUGUUACGCAUGACAUUCCUGUGAGCGUUAUUCCCAGAAGGCUGUGGAAUGACUUUAAAGAACCUACUGUACCAGACUUUGAUGUAAGCAUAUAUUUGCCAGCAAUUAAAACAAUGAAGAGUGUUGUUGAGAGAAUGAAGAAUUUAAGCAAUUUCAUAGUUAUUGAGGCAAAUAGAAAUGGAGAAAUUAACUUAAAAAUAGAGACUGACUUAGUAUCGGUUUCAACUCACUUCAAAGAUCUGGGAAAUCCUCCUUGGGUCUCAGAUGAUGUUUCACAGACUAGCACUCAGGAAAAAGACCCAGAGUUCAUGUCAGAAGCCAGAGUGGACAUUCGAAAAUUACUGCAGUUUCUUGCAGGGCAGCAAGUAAAUCCUAACAAAGCCAUAUGUAAUAUUGUUCAUAAACGAAUGGUCCACUUCAUUCUACUUCACGAUGAUGUCUCCCUGCAGUAUUUUAUCCCAGCUCUUGCAUAAAUAACCAUCUCACUUAAAACUGGCAGAAAUGAUUUUUUUUCAUGAAGAACUACAAGAAUAAUAUUGA